UCUAAGGUACCACUCCCUAAUCGGCUCCAGCAAGCACGGCCCACCGAGAGGGUUUCUCCCUAAAAUGUUCCGCGCCCAUCCCUCGAGCGUCACUGCACCGAGCUGGUAUCGCUGGUACCGUUCUGUAAUUCACCGUGCACCGUGACACUCCGCCGUUCUCCUCUCUUCCAAACACCAACACACAUUUUGUCGACCCGUGAUCAGCGAACGCAGUCACUCUACGGCGAGCGCUGCCGCGAGCCUAUAGUCGCUCCGCAGCACAGGGCGACGCGGGUUACCCUGUUCGCCGCGUCCCCUCAGCACGCGUCACGCGUCUCGCUGCAGCCCGCGGCGUGAUGGCGGCGUGAGGAGCGGAGGGGAUCGACCCGGCACGAGACGACACGAAAACAGCUGCGGCGCGGCGCAAGGGGCAGCGACGUGCGACUGGUGCGGGCAGUGGCGGCAGGCGAGGCGCGGAGGGGUGUGGGCAGUGGAGGGGAGUUGGGGGGGCAUGGAGUGAGUGCGGGGGCACAUGGAGGGAAGGCGUGCGUCGGUGCCGCUGCUGCUGCUGCUGCUGGUCGCCGCUGCCCUCGCCGCCCUGCUGGCGCUGCUGCGCGCCACCGGCGACCCGUCCUCCCCAGCAGCACUGCUGCACGAGUGGAUCACAGCACCACCGCUGCUACCCGCCUCCCCACUCCACCCGCCGCACCCCUCUGCUGCUGCUGCCCCGCGCCAGCAGCCCCCUGCGCACCCACUGCCGUCGUGCCGUGCGUGCCCCUCGUGCCCCCUCCACUCGGGCUCCUGGACGCCCUGCGCAACCAGUGGGGACGGGGGCGGCCGUUGGGACGGGGACGGCCGUUGGGACAGAGACGGCCGUUGGGACGGGGGUGGUGAUGGGGAGCGCAAUGGGGAGGGGGAUGCGGGGACAGAGAGGGGAGAGCGGGGCCACCAGGGGCAGCAAGGGGGGGAAGCAAGCAGCAGCAGUGACGCGCAUCACUCGGCGCGCUAUUCUCGCUCCUCCUGCCCGCUGCUGCCUCCCAGCAUGGACUGCCGGGUGCCUAGGCGCCCUGCCAGCAUGGCACGCUACGACCACUACUGCUGGCAACCAGAAGGGUGCCACCUGCCGCUCUUAGACCCUGUUGACUUCCUCCACCGCUUCCGCAACCGUGUGAUAGCGUUCAUCGGCGACUCCAUGGCGCAGCAGCACUUCGUCUCGCUCAUGUGCCUCCUCCUCGCCCCGCCUCGCCUCCCCCCCACCACCUCCGCACACAAUACCACCGCCAACCCCAACACCAGCACCACCACCACAAGCGCCAGCAGCAGCACUACCGCGAGCAGCAGCAGCAGCGACGGCGGCGGCGGCGGCAGCAGAAAUAGCGGCAGUGGCGCUUCCCCACCCACCCUUCAUCCUGUGUCUUGGCAGUACAAUCUGAGCUGGGCGGCAGGGUGGCAGGGGUGGAACGGAGGGGCGUACCUGCUGCUCCAGUCCAACACCACCAUCCUGCACAAAUGGACCACCUCGCUCUGCCACAUGGCAGGUGGUGACUGGCGGAACGCAUCGCAGGCACAUGCAGUGCACCUGGACAGGCCGGAUGAGUUCCUGCAGAUGUACCUGCCCCAGAUUGACCUCGUUGUGCUCAACACCGGCCCGCACUGGUCCAGGUGGGAGGUCUCGGACUACCACUGGCUCUUCCACGUCAGCAGCCAGCCUGUCAGCCCUGAGCAGCAGCGCAGGCUAGAAUCCAACCCAGCAGUUGGCGCGUACGUGGCCCUGCGCACCACCAUUGGCUGGAUCUUGACGCAUGGGAGGAGGGGAGGCGGGGAAGGGGGGGAUGGGGAUGGGGCAGGAGAGGCAGGGAGUGAUGCAGACGUUGAGGGCAAAGGGACAAACAGUGGGCAUGGAAAUGGUGCUUUUAUCAAGGGGGGCAAGGAGGCAGUUGCGGGCACAGCGGGCAGUGAAGGGGUGUGUGGUGCGCGCAGGGGGCAAGGGCGGGUGCCCAUGGUGGUGGUGCUGGGGCAGCCUUCGGUGCACAUGACGGGCGGGGGCGAUGCACACACCGCGUGCCAUGCACUGCCGCCAUUCCUAACAGCCAGGGAGGUCGAACAGCAUUCAUUUCUGUCCCGGGACUUGACUGCAGAAGCAGCAGUGGCAGACGCCAAUGUGGCAUUCACAGGAGCAGCAGCAGCAGCAGCAGCAGCAGCAGCAGCAGCAGCAGACGGAGAAGCAGCAACAGUCAGUGAACCGGCAGCAGCCUCAGAACCAACCCCUCUUGACAUCUCCACUCCAAUCCCCGACUCCCUGCCUUCUCCUCGCCCCCCCUCACUGCCAUCCUCCAUCCCCGUGUGGCUGCUCAACAUCACGGGCCUCACGUCCAUGCGCCCCCACGCGCACAAGUCCAAGUGGUUUGGGGGCAGCAGCAGUGAGGACAGGGAGCAGGGGGACUGUGUGCACUGGUGCCUGCCGGGCGUGCCCGACUCGUGGAACGACCUGCUCUAUGCGCACGUGGUGCGCAGCGGAUGGUUUCCUGCCAGUGAUUCCAAUUGACCACGUGAUAGUGGGUGGAUCUCUACUCUAGGUGUUUGUCCUUCUGAUGCUGCCAAUGUGUGCACUCAAUUCGACGGUGUCAGCAUAAUGGAAGAGCUUAGUAUUGGGUCCAUUCGGAUCAUGCAGCACCUUGU